ACAGAGAAAAUUCGUGUGCAGCAAUCAGUUAUCAAUGAUUUUUUUUUCAAUGAAAAUUUAGCACCUGUACAUAUGUUUUUCAAUCAUGUUAUCCACAUCGAUCCUCUAUUGUAAUAAUAUUGAACAAAGUAAUUCUCGACCAUCACCACCACAAUCGUCUUCAUUACAAUCAGAUGAUUUGAUCCAGAAUCAUCAUUAUCAUCAUCAUCAUCGUCGCCGUUAUAAACAUCAUAAUGAUGAUUCAUCUACGAAAAGUAAUGUUAAUCCACAACGAUAUUUACGAACAUCAUCAAAUCGAACACAAACAACAACGACAAAUCGUUCGAUUGAUGGACAAUCAUCGUUAUCGGGUGGAUUUAGUAAAAAUAGUAUCGUUUCAUCAUCGUUUUCUACUAAUAAAACUAAAAUCAAUAAUAGUCAUCGUUAUCGUGUACAAUAUCUUGGUUGUAAUAGCUGUGAUAUACGUUCACAUAAACCGGAUAAUGGUAUUGGUGCAUAUCAAAAACCAUUAUUGGAUCUUUAUUCGGCUAUAUUUCGUCGUUCAUUAGCUAAUCGUUCAUUAUUAACAUUAAAUCAAGUGGCCGAUCUUUCUACACACGGUAUAUUUAUUGCCGAAAAAGAUCGUUUUACAUCCUCAUCAUCAUCAACAACGAGUGCACAUCACGACAGGAUUCAUUCACGUCCUGGCUCAUCGGCUAGUAAUUUAGAUUGUAAUACUACCUCAAAUCAAUCGGGAUCAUCACCAUCAACUAUUGUGACCAAAGUGAUUACUCCAUUAAGUAAUAUUUUAUUAUGGGCAGCUGUUCGUCUUCAACAUCGUACACAUUUUCGUACAAAUAAUAGCAAUAGAAUGAAUGUUAAAAACACCAAACGACGACAAAUUGGUGUUGCAUUUGUACCGUUAUCCUGUUCUGAAGCCGUACUCGAUAAGAAUGCAUUUAUAACAUUAAAUUCAAAACAAAAAUUCCUAUUAGGAAUACCACAUCCACCAUUAUUUGUCUGUAUCCUUCAGAAAAUUAAUUCCAAUCAACGAUUAGAAUGUCAUUUAUUUGUUUGUGGUACUACUGAUGAUGCUAUUCAUAUGUGCAAUAGUAUGGAUGAAUUAAGACAAUGUCAAUCAACUAUUGGACGAUUACAGAUUCCAGCCGCUGGACAAAUGGGUAAAUAUUCUUAUAAUAACAAUCGUCAUCAUCGUAUACCAUCAUCAUCAACAUCAUCAAUAAUAACACGUUCAUCUACGCCAAGUCAAACUGCAUCCGAAUUUUCAAUAUUAUCAACAACGAUUAGUCGUCCUAGAUUUUCUGAUAUUGAAGAAGAAGAUGCUGAUGUUGAAGAAGUAGUACGUGAAAAUGAUUUCAAUGAUGAAGAUGAUCAUCUUUGUGUGGUUCUGCACAAUGGCUACAUUCAUCAGAAAGAAACUGAUGUAAAAAAAUUAAUUGACAACUACCAAUCACAAAUAGUUGAUAACAAAAACAAUUCUCGACAAGCAAUGGGGAACAAAACUAUUCAGCAUUCAGCAACAACAACAACAAAGAACAAUGAUAACAACGAUGGCCAAUCAAAGAUCAAGUAUAGUAAUGCAAGAAUAAUGACAAAUGAUGUAAAUAAAACAGCACAUGAUGCAGAUGUAAUAGAUUUUCAACGUAAUUUUUUACAAUAA